CUGGCACGCAUCUGUUUGCCUUGACAGAGAAACAAAAUAAUGUCUCUGUAUCAAGUGCAAAUUUGCUUCAAUCAAUAGGCACAGCACAGGUAGUUAGCUGUAAUGAAGCCCCCGACAAAAGCAAACCUCAAUGCACACUAGGACCAGACAUCAGAACUCAAAGCAGUAACAAACCUGGUAAAUGUGGUGUUGUUUGUCAUCAGGAAAGCAACUUAUCACUUCCACAUGCAUUAUCUAAGCCUCAAAUUGUGCCAAAAGAUCAUAACAGGGGCAGUGAUGCUAGCACUAAUCACCCUAAAUCAACCAAUAAACCCAGCGAGGAGUUGCAUUCUGAUAAAAGUAACUUCAGUGCUAAUCUAACCAAUGAAUUAAUUGUGCAUGAGUCAAAAGACCAUGAAAAUUCAAAUCCAUCGCAGGUCGCAAACCUCCAGAAUUACAUUUCCCUAAUUAAGUCAAACAGCUCUUGUCUGCAGGGUUUCAUAAAAACAGAACAACAAAAGCCUGCACAUAAUCAAGGAUGUGCAGAAACAGAACAUGAGGGACACUGUGCAACAUGCCCACCGGUAACAACAGCCCAGCAAAAGAAUUCAAAUGCAGAACGGUUUGCCUUGGGUGUAUCAGCCAGUCAUGCAAAUGUUAAGCUUAAAACUGACGUAGUUAAAGAGACACAUCCCAUCAACUCAACACUCUCUAUAACAGUGCAAACAAACUGUGGACCCAUCACCUCAACUAGAAAUGUCAAACCCAUCAUCAAAUCCUCAGUCCAGCAAAACUCUGACACAUUAUUACCGCCACAAACACUCACUCGUCCUGAGCGUUCUUUCACUGCGCCAGCCCCAUGCAGCAGUGAGAGAGAACCCCAUAUGCACACAGGCCUUGAUUGCAAUUCCAUAUUGCUAUCAUCAACAAAGCCCUUGGCAUCCUAUCUCCGCCUCCAGUCUAAGAAAGUGGAGGCAAUUGACAACCCCGCUCCUCCUCAGCCGUGCCCAGAGGACACCAGCCUGGCUCACUCCCACCCAGCUGAUGCAGCCCUGCUGCUGCCAUCUUCCCCACAGUGCUGCAAAUCAGCAGCCUUACAGCAGAGACUCGAGACUGUGGAGGCCAGCCUGGCAGCCAACAAGGACAGGAUCACUACUCUGCUUAACAUUAUCCAUGACCUAGAGACAUGCCACGCUCCAACCAGUGGUCGGCGAUCCCACAAAACAGGACAGGACUUCAAAGACUGCUCAACGUGUCAGAAAACUGCUUGUGUUGUAUACAGUGUAGAGUAUGACUUCAGGCAGCAGGAAAGACGCUUCUUGGAGGUUCUGAAUCGUUCAACUGCGCACCUAUCCCAGCCUUUAACCUUCAGCCUGCUCCAAAAUGUCGUCAUUAAGAACUUAACAAAGUCAAAGCUGAAAAGCAAAAAGCUGUGCAAGACUCUGUUCAAAUGGCUUCCAAGAAAAACUCACAAAGUCUAG